UCCCGGAAGUGCGUGACACUGACUUCAUCGAGUCAAUAAAAAGUAGGAGUAGUUGAAUAGUUGGAGAGCUCCGCAUAAAUCCACAAACCAAAAUACUCGCUACUGCAGAUUAUUCUCAAAUUAUAAACGGUUGCCUCGCCUGCUGAAAUGUCUCCAUUACUGAGCUCGUCAUGUAGAGUGUUGCUUCUCCUGCCUCUUAUUGGAGUAUGUUUUACGAAACUUGCAAGAGCAGAUGGAGUGAGGUCUGGACUCCACAUCUUCCAUCAUUCAUGUGCCCUAAAGAAAGACAUAGGGCCCUGCAAGGCGUUGAAGGACAGAUUCUACUUUGACAUUGACACAGGUCGCUGUGAACCCUUUGAAUAUGGAGGUUGUCCUGGAAAUGCAAACAAUUUCGAGACCCUGCAGGAGUGUGAAGAAAUGUGCCUUGUGAAAGAGAAUAAAAAUCCAUGCCACCUGGAGGAUGAGCCUGGGCCAUGUCGAGGGAUGGUGCCUCGCUAUUUUUUCGAUGGCAAGAGCCAGGAAUGCAAACAAUUCUUUUAUGGUGGUUGCUUUGGGAAUGCCAAUAACUUCAAGACCAUAAAAGAAUGCCAGGCCAGAUGUCUACAUGAUGUUCUUUUGAAUGCAUCACGUUCACUGCUGCAUAGCAUGUUACAACCAGCUGCACAAGACGCAGCUAGUUCAAACCACAUGGACAUAAAUGGCCCAUCAAAACCAGAGGAAGAAUCCAAACCUGCUACAGAAGCCCUCACUAAGCAUGAGUUCACUCCCCCUGAAGUCUGCAUGAGUCCAGUUGAUAGGGGCGAUUGCGAUGGCUCAGAAAGAAGAUACGUCUACAACACCAGAACUGGGAGAUGCCAGAUGUUUCGCUACAGUGGCUGUGGAGGCAACAAAAACAACUUUGCCCACAAGAAACACUGCAUUAAGAUGUGCAUGAAAGUUUCAGAUCACAACCGGAGAAAGCAAAUACGAAUAAAGACGAGGAACUCAAACAUCUUAUUCCGAUCUGUCUAGGAUAAACAACAUUUUGUACCAUGGGUAUCAUGGUAGAGAAAAUAAGAAAUAGUAGUAUCUGCCAUAUCAUUGACUCACACAUUAAUGCCAUUCAUAAAUCAUUAAUGGAGUAAUAAUGGAUAUUAACUUGGACUUCAAAUAUAAAGAUAUUUUAUGUUGCUUAUUUUAAGAGUACAUCCUAAGAUCAUUUUCUGCCUAAACUGUAUAUUGUUUUCUGGGGAAGAAAGGACUAAUUUAUAUUACAUUUCAUUACUCAUCCUUUCACUACAAAUCACUUCUGUAGUUUUUGCUUAUUCACAAUGGGGUUAUUAAACACUGAGUAUUUAUGACAGUUAUAAACAUUUGCAAAGGGUUCUAAAUAGUUUUUCUUUCUGCAUUUUCUUUUUUGUAAUAUUUUUCUCAAUGUUUAAAUUACUUAUUCUUUGUAUUUUUAUUACAUGUGUACACUCCAAAUAUUUUAGUAUAUUUGUAAUGUCAAUGUGCUAUACAGUUGUGGCCCUCUUAUAAAUAAAACAAUCAUGACUUGGGGAAAUGAUAACUCCAAGUGAGAAUCUGUUUUUAAGGUGCCCUAGUAGCAUAUAAACAAGCAUAAUUUAACAAAAGCAAAAUAUAUAGAAAUAAAUAACCCAUUUACCCCU